AUAACCGAAAUCAAUCGAGAUGUUCGAGUUGAUAUAUCACCUGGGUCAACUCAAUAUUACACUCCUUUAUGCGAUCAUGAUUUGAAGCCCUUUGUUGGACAAGAAUUUAAGACGUUAGAUGAUGUCUUCAAUUUUAUAAGAAAUAUGCAGUUGAAUGUGGAUUUGACAUUCGACGUUCACCAUUGUCAAAGUCAAAUGAUGGUGUUUGCAUUAGGAGAUAUGUUGUGUGUAGUAGAGAGGAUGCGGAUGACUUGGGCAGUGCAAAGGAAAAAAGGCGUAGAGUGUCUAAACGUGUCAGUUGCAAAGCUCGGGUGUAAGUUUGUUAGCUCUGAUAAAUAUAUUGUUGAUAAGUUUAUAGAGCAACAUGCUCAUUCUUUAUGUACUGAAAUGUACAAGCACUUUCUUAAUGUCAGUAGGAAUAUGGACAUUGGACAUCAAAAGCAUGCACAGGAAAAGAUGAACAGUGGUGAUGAAAUGUGUGUUCCCCAGCUUAGGAGGCCCUUGUUAUUUGAGAGGCAUGCUUCUAAUGUGUAUACUUUGAAGAUUUUUGAGGAGAAACAGAAUGAUAUUGUAGCUGCAUGCUUUGAAUGCCGAAUAUUGACUCUUGUAGAUGAUCCUGAUCAUUGUUUCUAUGAAAUCGAAGAUGUCACUUACGGUGCAUGUGAAGUUGUUUAUGACAAAUCACAAAACACAGCAACUUGUAGUUGCAAGAAAUUUGUGCGGGUUGGAUUACUAUGCUGUCAUGUUUUCUAUGUGUUUAAAGAUUUGAAUCUCCAAUCAAUCCCAGAAAAAUAUUUGGUUCCUAGGUGGACAAAAUAUGCAUCAUUGAAGCCUAUAUUUGAGGUUCAUGGUCAGAUUAUUGAUCAGUGUGCUAUGAUUGAAGAGCGGAAGUCAAUUAUGAAUCAGUUGUUCUCGGAGUUCUGUUCUUGUAUUGGGUUAGUUGAAGGAAAUAAUGAUUUCAUGACAAGUUUGCUACAUUCUCUUAAGAAUCAGAGACAUAUCUUUACCUCUGGUGUAGAUCAAUCUUCAGCAACUACGUCCAAGAAAAAGUUGUUUGAGGAUUACUAUGGAGGCUCUGUUCCACAAAAAGUACAGGUAUUGCCACCGCUUCCUAUUAAAACAAAAGGGAGUGGUAGU